GCCAGCAGCCCCGCUCCCUUUAUCGGCGGCCCGGACCGCCCCCGGCGCCCUGAUUGGCUCCCAGCGGCCGGGAGCCGGGGCGGAUCGGCUGAUGCACGCCCGGGCCCCGCUGCCAUUGGGCGAGCGGCCGAGCGGGCGCCGCCGGGGUGGGGGCGCGAGGACCGGGAAAGAAAGAAAGGGAAAGGGCCGUGGGGGGAGGGGGUGCGCGGGGGGAGGGGAGCAGAGGAAGGGUUGGCCCGCGGCGCGCGGACGGGCGAGUUCCUGCCAGGAAGGACCCCGCCUGGCCCGGCUGCCGCUCUCCUCCGCGGGCGGUCCCCGCAGCCCCCACCCCCGGGCCCGAGCGAGGAGCCCAGUGGAUCUCCCGGCCUCCCCCCUUGCCGCCUUCAGGUUGGAUAGUUUUGUGCGAGAGGCCUGUGUUUUUCGAGGUCGUGCCGCAGACCCCACGGCUCCCUGGGGACCUUCCGACCCCCCCCCCCCCCCCCCCGCCCCCAGGAACGUAAUUUUGCCUUUUGUUGUUAGAGAACCCCCGAGGCGCGGCGUCCGAGGGGGCGGCCCGCCCUCGCGGUGGGACUGGGACGCCAAUGGCAGUCGGCGGUCUCACGUCUGUAAUCAACGUGCUGAGCCUGCCAUUCCCUAGAGAGGAUCCUGGCGGGCCUAGCAAUGGUCAGGAGACCUGUCAGAUUCCGCCUGCCACUCCUGAGACCAGUCUCUCAGCGACUCUCUGGGCCCAGGUUUCCUCAUCUGCAAAUAAAGCGAUUCAAGAGAGCACCUUUAGAGCUGCCCACCUGAUUUGAAAUUCUGUGCGCAAGCUGUUUCCCUGAGGGAGGGCGGCUGAAAGAAAAGGGAGGUCUUCUGGAGCCUCCUUUGAAGCCCAGGAAAUGACAGCGGCAUCAUCAAGGGAACAUGUGCUUUGAGCUGCUUUUCCAAGAAUGGAAAUGGAUUUGCUUUGAUCCAUUCAUGUGACCAGAGGCAUACUUUGUGAAGUGUCCUCAGGUCUCGGCUGGUGCAUUCUGGGGCCACCACCACCGCAACGCUGCCAUCCCUCUUGUCCCCAUUAAGGAAAGGACUCAGUGAGGGGACCGACCAGUUUACCUCUGAAUCCUACAUUGUGGCUCACCCAGUGCCUUCCGUAUAUAUGGUGGACAUUCAAUAUAUUCUUCGUAAAAGGCAAUCACUUGUGCCUAGAGAAGUAGCUGGUGACGGCAUGACUGCUAGACUCUGCUCUCCUCCCUUUGAAGGCCUCCCUUCUAUCGCAUCCUCUGCCCCCCAUGGCUUUUACACUUUCCUACUCCCCUGGUGCUCUCUCUACCACCCCACCAAUCCCAUCAGCAUCUCUUUCUCAGGUUCCUCUCUCCUCAUCUCCUCAGCAACUAGAAGAUCAAGGGCAGGAGAUGUACCAGCAGAUGGAGACCAACUGCUCUCCUUCAUGGCCAUUACCUUCACUGGGGACCGAAAAGGGUACAUUGCACAUGUCUGAGAGAACAUACAAGGGAAAAGAUGAGUGGACAAUGUGCCAGGCAUUCUAGGCCCUGUCUCAGGGAGAGCUCUUUGAAAGGAGAGGAGCCUGGUCAUCUUUCUCUGACUGUUCCACUUCCCGCAGCAAUUUGUAGAGGGGUCCUGUAGUGCCCUUGUGAUGUGGAGCUUCUUUGGAUUCCAUCAGCUUCAAGCUGGGAUGGUAACAAUGAUGCCAAAAGGAAGAGAUUCCAUAGAUUCCCAGCAGACACAAAGCAUUGAUCAUCACAUGCCAACAGAAGAAGGUGGUGAUAAACAUGAUGUCACUGAUGUCAUCAUCCUGCCAUGGGUAGCCAGUGACUGGUCUGUACAGAAUAAAGCCCCCCUGUAUCAGCCAGGAGCCCAUCGUCAGAAACAGAAAAGUCUCAAUCAGCAAGAGGUGAAAUGUGUCAGGAGUCCAGAGCUCUAUGGUCAACACCAGCAUCAACAGGAACACCACCACGAUGAGCAGAUAAUGAAUCUGAAGCUCUAUCCUGGUUGAGUCCUGGACGUGUGACAUCAACAGCAGCAGGAGCACAUAGAAGGUCAGGACCAGGGUACCUUUCUCUAGGACCACACACCUCUGAGGUAGCAAGUUCUUGCUCAUGACAUCUACACAGCCAUUGAGGGUGAAGAGGAUGAACAUCGUGAGGUGCUGCCACUCUUUGGGGUACAUAAAUCUUGGUGGAAGUUCUCUGUUCAUUAGUAUCAACCCUCCUUUAAUGCAGCUGAUCUCAUAAGCUAUCAAAAUGGAGCCAGCCAACAUCUUCAGCAAACCUCCAUAAGAUAUUUUCCAUAGCCGGGCCCAUCUUGUCUUAUUCCUAGGAUGGCAUGAAGGAUCCAGGAGAGAGUCUUUGAAUAUCAUAGCUUUGGAGACUACUAUUGCCUGACACAGUCCAUAUGAGAUUAGAAACAGCCCUGGGUACACAUGACCAAUAAAGGUUCCCAUUGAGCUACAGAUCUGUCUAAUGAAGGAGAGAAGAGCAAAUUUUGGGCAAGUCCACAACUUCUGGGGCUACUUCAAGGUCUGGGCUUUGGAAAGAAUUGCCUUCCACCAACUUUUAUCAUCCCACCCCACCCACUGCUCCCACACAGAGGAAAUGUUUCUUGAAACAAGCCUACAUAUUUGGUGGAGUAAAACCUCAUUGUUCCAUUCCAUUCUGGAACAUUGAGAGCUGACUUAUGCCAAAGAAGAAUACUUGUGAAUGUAAUUUUAGAGACUCCUCUCUAUGGCCCUUGAUGUACUUCUGUUCACACCUGUCCCUUUCUCCCAUGGCUUCCCUCCCCUUGUGUUGCCCAGCACUCAAACAAGGAGAGGAGCAUGGGAUGGGGGUAGGGGUUGUUGCUCUGGUAUCCUGAGGAAGCCUGGACACUCACAAACCCUACAGUAUUCUUCAGUUCUCAGACGUAACUUCGGUCCAACUGUAAGAUUUCCUUUCUGGACACAUGUAUUUAUAAUAAACAUUUGGAUAUGUGACAAUAUAAUAUACACCUAGUGUCUGCUUGGGUUUUCUCUUCUCUUAUAGACACAUUCUAAAGAUCACCAAGAAAGCUUCCUUCGCCACCACCUCCUCUUCAGAUCUCCAUUCAUGCCCACACCCCUACUUCAACAUCUCAACUGGCCGAUAAAUGGAUCUGAAAAGCUAUCUUUUGGUAUUGAUUUUCAGGGAUUGUGGUGGUUUUGUAGUGCGUCAUCCUAACUAUGCUUAAGCCAUAUUUUCUGGAAUUUCCUUGUUUAUAGACAUUUUCAGGAUGGGUUGGCUACAGGAGAGGUUUACAUGAGAAGGUGGAAGUGAAGCUGCAACCUAAACACGCUCUGAAGGCAUAGAGUGCCAGGCGCCACUGCCAUGUAGCUCAUGUGUUCUGUUACUGAUGCCCAUCUCCUUGGCAUGGGCAGCAGCCAGGUCUAUAGCUCCCUCAGCUUGUCUUCCUGUCAAGGGCACCAGCUUCUUCUGCAGGUCACUUGCCGUUGAAGUAUGGGGUGGUGAGAGGCACACAUGGGCUCAAUUUUGUUCUCAUCUGUUUUCGUUUGUCCUUGAUAUUCCCUAACUUCAUGCAAUAUACUUUUCCUGACUGCUGCCAUAUUGACCUGAAAUGACCUUAGGCCUCAUCACAUAGCAGAAAGGCCACAGCCUUCUGUAGACUUCUUUUACAAAUGUAUAAGGUCUAAUAUCCAUAAGAAAACCAUAUUUCAUACCCUUUGCUCCCUUGAUUCAUUCUUAACUGAUACAAGGGAUUAAGGUGUAAUUCUUCAGAUGCAGAUACUGAUGAGUGCGUGACUCCAGUGAAUUGGUGUUGGUCGUUUGUAUUUCAGUGCAAAUUAGCCCAUCAGCUUCAUUUAUCUGUUACUCCACUAGUGUCUAAUGCACCUCACAAGACAGAGUAUAGGAACUGGGUAACAGGGAGCUGAGUAUAAGGCAGAGAGGAUGGUGGAGAGAAAGGUACAGGGAAUGUGAGGCAUGCCCUAGGUCCACACAUGGAGUUGGGUUUAUUGCAGGAGGUAUUGAAAUAGGAAUUUUUCGGAGUGUGGCAAUUGUGCUAAGUGGGGAGAGGAAGUCCAUCACUCAGCAUGAACCAUGCUGACAUCACAGUCUUCUGCCAUCAAUCCUCAGAGUACAAGCAUAGUUGUGGGGAAGAGAGGCAGCACCUGUAUGCCUACAGCACCUCUAGAAGAGAGGAGGUGAAUUUACACCCAGGUCAUAGCACUGCCUCUGAGCCCUCACCCCCAUCCAAAUACCUACUCUUUCUCAAGUGCACUUAAUUCCAGAAAAAUUAAAUCUCUCUCUCUGCUCUUGACGAUGGCAAUAAUUCAGAUUGCUUCUUACUAUUGAGAGAUUUGGCAGGACUAAGAUUUGAGUGUAAAGGCAAGUUGGAAAAAUGAAGCUUAAUUCUGUUUUAUUAAGGGAUUUGCUUAUUUUAAAAUUUAUUUUUAGGCAUAUUUUUCAAUUCAUGUAUAGUCAUGUCAGAAAAAUCAGGUAAAUAUAUAAGCAAAGGAACAACCUUAAAAAUGUUCUUUAAUCUUAUAAUCUGGAAGUGACCAUUGCCACCAAUGAGGUUUAGAAAUGCAGUUUUAAGAAGGAAGCCUAAGGAAGUGGAAAAUGCAUCGACUGGAAGUCAUAAAUCUGGGUUCUAAUUCCAGUUCUCUCUUCAUUUGCUGUAUGUCAUACCUCUUAUGUGAAAAAAAAAUUGAAUUUUGAACUGAGUUUUCUACUGAUGUGGAAAUAAAAGAGCAUGCCUGUUGUCACACAGAGUAAGCCUGUUUAUCUCCUGUUUCUUUCUCUCUUUUGGUGAAUUAACAAGAUGCUUGGAGAGAAUGGUAGAGCUCAAUGCUCAGAGGAAGGAGAUUCAAAGGGAAAAGGUGCAUGACACAUCUGAGGAACAUCAUCAUAAACAACAACAAAAAAUGAUUGCAACUCACCUUGCUGCAAGGCAGAAUACACCACAGGAAGGAAGAAAGACGGAGGCUGGGAACUCAAGCAGAACAACACAGGAAGUGGGUCCAUGAAAAUAGGCAUAAGAGAUAAUCAGUUCUACAAACCUUAUAAUUCUGCUAGAGGAUGAAAUCUUCGCCGAUUUUUUCAACACAUUUCUUUCUCUCCCGCUUUCUUUUGCAGGUCUUUGGUCAGACACCAUUUUAUGCUGUUGAAAAUUCACAGUGGAGCUUGUGGCCAGAAAUACCUUAUGACGUGAUUGCAAAGUACAAAGGAUUAUUGACCUGGUUGGAAAAAUACCGGUUACCUUUCUUCUGUAAAACCAACUUGUGUUUCCAUUACAUUCUCUGUCAAGAGCUCAUCAGUUUCAUUAAGUCCCCAGAAGGAGCCAAGAUGUUGAGAUGGAAAAAAGCAGACCAGUGGCUACUCCAGAAGUGCAUUGGUGGGGUCAGAGGGAUGUGGCGCUUUUGUACCUACCUCAAAGGCAGUACAGGUGAAGAGCUGGUGGAUUUCUGGAUCCUUGCUGAGAAGAUCUUGAGCAUAGAUGAGAUGGACCUGGAAAUGAGAGACCACUAUCUGUCCCUCCUCCUUGUGCUGAAGGCUACCCAUUUACAGGAGGGCUCAAGAGUAGUGACUCUCUGCAACAUGAACAUCAAGUCCCUUCUGAACCUAUCCAUCUGGCAUCCCAACCAAUCAACCACCAGGAGGGAGAUUUUGAGCCACAUGCAGAAAGUGGCUCUGUUCAAACUUCAGAGCUAUUGGCUCCCCAACUUUUACACCCAUGCCAGGACGAUUAUGGCCAAAGUGGAAUCAUGCCAAGGUCUGCUGCAGGAAUAUGAGACUCGCCUAUGCAGUGUUUGCUGUAGUCACAUAGGAGAACUCCCUCUAAACAUGAGCAUCAAGAAGUGCCACUACCCCCAGAAGCGGUACUCAAGCAAGACGACCAAGAGGAGGAUGUGGCAGUUGACAGACCAUGGCUCUACUCUGGAAAUAGAUACCAAACCAGAAACCAACAUUACGCCCCUCCAGGAGAUGUGUGCUCAAGUUAAGGACACAUACAAAUACAAAUAUACACAAAUGCCCUCCUUGAAAGUGACGUCUUCAAAGGAGAGAAUAAUAAGUUCCCAGGAAAAGGAUAUUCUCUGUGCCGGGAAGUCUAACAUGAAGAAGAAAUCCAAGAGCCACCUCCACAUGGAGGGCCUCUUUGAGACAACGUUCUCUACACACAUGAGGACUGUCACCCCUAGCAUCAAUCACUGCCCCCAGAUGACAAUCAAGAAAGUCAUCAAACAAAGCAUUUCCUUAGGGUACACCCACUGGGCCUUGUGUGCUGAUGACUGUGCAGGGCGUCCCUUCCGGCACUACCUGAAAAAGCAGAAUUUGAAAGUGGAGAUCCAACUCCUGGACCUCUGGCAGGACCUGCACCAUUUCCUCAGUGUCCUGAUAAGUAACAGGAAGACUGGGAAUACUGUCUUUCAGCACAUGCUGGGCAACAGAAUUUGUGAACUCUACCUGAAUGAACAGAUUGGUCCAUGCCUACCACUAAAAUCCCAAACCAUUGAAGGCCUGAAGGAGAUGCUGCCUUCUGGGGAUGUAAACCCCUGGAUUCCCAGAGCCCAGAGGGAGAUCUGCAAGAUGCUCAGUCCCUGGUAUGAUGAAUUCCUGGAUGAAGAGGACUACUGGUUUCUCAUUUUUACAACUCAGACCAAGUUCAUCAGAGACAAAUGGCAUAAAAAAGGAUCUAUAAGCAAAGAAGAGAACAUUCUUCUUUAUAAGAGGUGUGAGGAAUCCCUGGAGCUAAGCCAGGGUCUGGCUAACAUGGAGAAAAUGGAUUCUCUGCAGUGGCAAAAGAUAGCUACUGAGGAUCUGAGACAAGGCGGGUCUCUCCAGGUAGAACUAAAGUCUCCGGUGCUUCAAGCAGACCUAGAGAAAAUGUCCUUUGAGGAACUCUGCUAUAAGUAUCCAAAGGUGGCCAUACAGAAGAUCAGUGAUGACUAUAAAAUAUAUUGUGAAAAAUCACCUAAAGUAGAUUUCACAGUGGAAAUUAUCAGAGAACCAAGAGUGGUCUCACCCUCACCUAGGAAAACAUCAUUUUACAAAAGGACUGGUGUGAGGAAGCCCUCAUUAAGACCUAGAAACUUGACAGAAAUCCUCCUAAAUUCAAACCACUUGGAAUUCUUCAGGGAGUUCCUCAAAGAACGGAAGGCUGAUAGCCCCUUGAAAUUCCUGAUGGCCAUACAUAAGAUCAGUAUUGAGACAAAUGAAAAAAUUUACAAGUCUCUCUUUGAAAAUAUAAUCAAGACUUUCUUCCAUGGCAAAGUCCCUGCUGAAGUAAUACUGCAGUGUGAUGCCCCUAUUAUACAAGAAAUCUCUCACAUGCGUCAUGUCAGCACAACUACAUUAUUAACGCUACAGGGAUAUGUCAUGAAAUCUCUAGAAGAAAAGUGGUUUAAAGAUUACCAAGAGCUGUUCCCGCCUUACCCUCAGGAAGGGCAGCAUAUUGAAGUACAAACUUCUAGGAAGCCCUCAAAGACAACAACUUACCUACAGGAAUCUCAGAAGAGAGGCUGGCUGAAAAUGAUUAGCUUUAUUAAGAGCUUUUGCAAGUACCGCAGAUUUAUGUCUGAUCCCAGUAAACGCCAUGAAUUUGAGGAAUAUCUUCACCUGGAAGUACAAAAUAGCAAGGAAAAUUUCUCCACAUCACCAAAUGUAUCAGGACGACCAACUGCAAAUGUUGCAAACGUCCGGAGUACAGACCUUGAGAAUGAAGAUAUAAUCCUUAUGAAGCGUCGUAUAUUUGGCCACAGGAUUAUUGUUGUCAACUUUGCGAUCAAUGAUUUAUAUUUUUUUUCUGAAAUGGAGAAAUUUAAUAAUUUGGUGAGUUCAGCUCACAUGCUGCAAGUCAACCGGGCAUACAACGAGAAUGACGUGAUGCUAAUGAGGUCCAAACUUAAUAUCAUCCUAAAGCUCUACCUGAAUUCUGAAAUUCCUCCAAGGCUGAGGGUGAACAUCUCUGAAUCCCAGAAGGAUGCUAUCCUUGCUUCCAUUGCAGAGGGCCACCUAGAUCGGAGCAUCUUCCAUGGAACUAUCAUGUCUCUCUUCCCCAUCAUUAUGUACUUCUGGAAAAGGUUUUCUUCCUGGAAGGCAGCCCACUCUUACUUCCAGUACAGGGGGAAGAUAUUUAAGGAUAAAAAAACUUCUCAAAAGCCCGUGCACAAGUAUCCUCCUUUGAGUGGAGGAGAUCACGCCAUUUUAAGAUUCACCUUGCUCAGAGGUAUUGAGUGGUUUUGGCCUCAACAGCGGGAAAUAGUAACAAGUUCAGUCCAAAAUUGUGAGUUGGGAUUGGAAUCCCACUGAUGUCAAAAGCCUAGAGGAAUGACUCUAAUGCCAGUUUGGCCAAUCUCCUUAGUGACCACAAGGAGACUGAGGUACCCAAAAUGCGAAGCAACUUUUUCCAAACCACACAGCUUGUGAGUGGCAGAGGUGGGAUGAGAAAUGGAUCUCUUGGCUGUCCUUCUGGGCCUCUGUGCAUAGCUCUUAUUUGAAUAACUGUACUUUCUUGAUUCUUUUAUAGCCCCUUGAAGGCAGGUUCCUUAACCUUGUCUGUAUCUCUGCUGGCUCCUCUGCCAUUUCUGGGUGUGAUGUGUGACCUUUAUUAAGAGAUGAUUGUAACAUCCCAAUUGUUAUUUUCCCUUCCCACUGAGAACACCUGUGGGCUUGAACAGGACCUCCAAUCUAUACAUCCUGGUUCCUGGAAGUGCCUGCUGCUGAUCUUCUUAUUCCUGUAAUAAACACUCUGGUCCUAGCAUCCCAUAUUU